AAUCAUGUCGAUAAAACAUAUUUACGAUAUCAUCUCACGAUAUCACACUGAAUCAGAGAUCCUAAUCCUAUUCUCAUCCCAUGAAUUUGCCCGACCACUGACACCGAAAAGCUAAACAUGUAUCAGCACAUGCAUUACUCCGUUGUACCGACACGAUGCGGAGAGUCAAACAAAAAAACGGGAUAAAAAAGACUGCACCAAACACCCGGGUCUCUCAUUCCUUUCUCUGACUUUACUUGGAACGGGUAUCGCUGGCCUGGCAGCUCUCUUCUUCCCUCCUUAUGCAACUUAUUAUUCAUUGCGUUGUAUUGAAGUGAAAGUGGAGAAAGUUCGCGAAAUGAGAAACUUUUCAUUCUUCACAAGUUUCAACUUCACCUCAAGUUCGUGCCUAUUUUACAAAGUCAAUAAAUCGACCUCAACCGCAACAUGAAAACGUUUGCACCUGUGAUUCUUAAAGGCAAUAGAGAAAUAUAUUCGAUUUAAGCUAAAUAAUAUACGUACAAAAUCUGCACUUAAAAUUCUGAAGAUCAACGUUUUCAAAGAAAUAAUAAAUACUGCACAAUUUUAAAAAACAUAUUUCAAAUCUUUAUCAUCAUCUUAAUCAGCACAGUUUUUGAUGCAUAAUUAAAUAUGUCAAUUAAUAAUAUGCCGAAUAUUUUAAUAGUUUCUGAAAUAUAUUCACCUAAAUAUUUACAUACAUAACCUGCCAAAAUUAUUUGUGAUUUAAUAAUGUUUAUAUGUUUAACAAGUAAUUUUAAUUACUUAUAAUGUCGUCACGUAUUAAACAUGACGACCAGAACUGACCACGAGAACGAUCCACGGCCGGAUGAAAAUGUGGACUCAUUUCAGAAACAUUUCUUCCUUCCCCGAGUGGAAGGAUUUUUCGGACAUUUGUGCCUUUUCGUGGGACUCUUCAUCUACACGUGUGUUGGUGCAUGGAUAUUUCAGAAGUUGGAGGAACCCCACGAUCUGGAGAGGGGAAUAGUCUUAAAGCAACUCUUACUUGAUGGGAAGUUCAAUUUAAUUUCAACCGUGGAGAACAAACUCUCACAAGGUGACUCCCUCAAUGUCACGAUCAUGGAGGCUUUGGACAAAUACGACAAAAUCUUUGUAAAAGUGGGGCUAGAAGGGGUCCGACAUUUACAACCGACAUCCCCCUGGAGUAGCUAUGUCAACGCGUUUUUCUUCGCUUCCACCGUCCUCACCACGGUAGGGUACGGCCACUUGACCCCAAGGACUCAAGGGGGACGAGGCUUUUGCAUUAUUUUUGCCACAAUUGGCAUUCCCCUCACAGUUUCAGCGAUCACAAAUAUCGGAAAAUUAUUAGCGUCUGUGGUUUCCGCGUCGUAUAAAAAUGUGUUUCGUCCUCAUAACCCUGCCUCACCGUCAAAAUGGAGAUUAUUUUCGGGACCAUCAGCCGGCCUUUUCACCGUUGUAGUCUCUUUAUUCCUCUAUUCCACCAUUGGGGCCUACCUUUUCACCUUUAUCGAAAACUGGGCCUUUUUCGACUCCUUCUACUUCUGCUUCAUUACCAUGACGACGAUCGGAUUUGGAGAUAUCAUCCCGGCCAAAACGUCCUUCAUCGUCCUUUACGCGGCAUAUUUUGUCCUUGGCUUGGCCAUGUGCUCCAUGGGAAUCGAGUUGGUGCGAAAUCAGUAUGCAAAAUCGUGGGAAACCAUUGAGCGAGAAGUGUCUACUCAUCUGCACGAGUUGUCCGUUCCAUUGUCGGAUACGUUAAAAAAGUACGGGGAUAACAUGGAGAUCAAAAAGCUUGGCGAUUCGAUAAACGUGACGAAAAAUCUCCCGCUUUCCAGAAAAAGUACAGCAUCACGUUUUAAGAAAGCCAGCCCCACCAAAUCACAACAUGCAGAUGAGGACCUAGGUCAAGCGGAUAAUUAUGAAUCUACCCUCUAACAUUACAUACACAUUCCUCUCAAUCCUACCGAGAAAGCAAAUAAAUAAGGAUGAUAUCAACCCAUUUGUCUGCCUUUUGUUCUGUAAUUCUCACGCUCAAACAAAUCGUACAUUAAUUUGUUACCUAAGAUAAAUAAUAGGAGUUUUGUGUAACAGUCGAUUGUAGUUUAUCAUUGAGAAAUAAUUUGUAUAAACGUCCAUUAAUGGAUGUAGAUACUUUUUCGUCUCAAAUUGUUAGAAAAUCUGAAAAAUUUUGUACCUCGCGGUUGCAGAGUGUGUUGCCAAUAAACCUUGAUGUUAAGAAUAUUAAUGUCAUAUACGAAAUG